GAGGUCUUACGGGUUUGGAACGACAUGAGGGUGAGUCCUUAAUGACAUAAUUUUCAUUUUUUGGGUGAACUAACCCUUUAACACGCCUCCAUGGAACAAACGUCACACAAACCCUCCAUUUCACCAGCAUGGGUGUAGCUGACUGAAAACUAGCUAGAUCGCAAAAUGAGCAUGAAAUGAAAUGAAGCUGAAAAUUGUUUUAAAUGUCUUUAAAUGUUGAGUUUAGCUGGUAGCCUGAUAUGAUAACAUGGGAAAUGAGCAGCGGUGUUAACUCUCUCCUGACUCAGAUAAACUCCGCCUUUGUUCAUGACCACCGCCUUUGUUCAUGACCACUCCUCAAGACCCAAUUUGCCUGCUUUGGACCAAGGUUUUUGGCUCCUGGCUGUUGGCCCCGAUCAAGCCCCCGAAGUAACAGUUGAAAUGCGAAUGGCUCUGCCAGACACUAGUAUGCUCGCUUUUGGCCCGAUAGUGGAAAUGCGGCUAAAGGCUGCUUUACACUGUGCGAUUUUGGCCACGAUUUGGUCGUCUGAAUUUGACGUUUGCAAAUCCUAAAAGAUUCCUAUGAUCCUAGCCUAAAAUCUGUAGUCUUUGAUCUCUAGUUUGACAUGUUCACCGACAGCCGGCUAAUGACCAUUACGAUCAAAUUUUACCUCAGACAAAAUUCUGACAGUGUCAGAAGAUUUUGCGCACAAUCCUCCAGUGUGACUUCUUCUUCGACAAACGUCAAAUUGUCUUUGUUUUUCAAGACAAGCCGUGUUUAAAAUUAAUAUAGAGUUUGUUUGUUUUUUAGCCACCAUUUUAGUCCCGCAUGCAAUGCAGCUCACAAUCAUCAAACGUGUAUGAGUUGAUGUAUAAACUCCGGAAAAGUUUUCAUGCGCGCGUCCGUUUUUAAGGCGUCUUGACUGUCGUACAGUCUGACGUAAAUGACAGCUGAGAUCCCACAGUGUGACAUGAGGAUCAUGUUCGUACAGUCUGACGAUUUAUAACAGUCCUUUUGGAUAACAAUCCAAAAGGACUGUUAUAAAUCGCACAGUGUGAACCAGCCUUAAUGGGAGCAGUCAAAAGUCCCCACCUCCAUACAGAGAUAAAGUCCUGUGAUUAGCCUAUUACCCUUACUCUAGAAGAGAGCCCCCAGCACUCCUCUGCUUCACAGUAAUGAGAUAUCAUGGUCACAAUGACUCAUCUUAAUGAGAACAAAGUCAUGUGAACAACUUUCGACUCGCCCAGUAAAGGCCUCCUCGCUUCCUUUGUUUCAUCUGGAUUAAAGCAUUUGUCCUGAAAAAGUGAACGCCUACCUGUAUAUGGACUGGCAUAUCAGGUCACACUCAGCACAGAAAUACUUCACAAAAGUCUCUACUCAGGGAGGAAGAAGAUCCAGUUUCAAACUCAUUCUGGACACACUUUAAGUUGUCCAUUGUGGAAUGACGGACAUUGCUGCAGUGUCUCCACAUUUAUAUAGGUCUGAUUGAGCGGAGCGGUGAGCUACUCAGUGCGUCGACGCUCGAACAGAAUGAUCCAGCAGGGUGACUAAGAGGAGGAAGAAGGGGGGAGAGGAUGGGUGUGAAUGCCUCCAGCUACCCUCACUCGUGCUCCCCUCGAUUCGGGGGUAACCCACAGACCCAGCAGACCUUCAUAGGCGCCUCCUAUGCACCACAGGGUUAUGGUGGUGAGUCCAAGCUCUACAGCCUAGAACAUGGCCCUGAAAAACCUCAGGACAAGAAGAAAAAGAGCUCCGGUUUGGCCACCCUCAAGAGGAGGUUCAUUAAGCGACGCAAGUCCAGUCGGUCGGCCGAUCAUGCGCGGCAGAUGCGCGAGCUCCUCUCAGGGUGGGAUGUGCGUGACGUCAACGCCCUGGUGGAGGAGUAUGAGGGCACGGCAGCUCUCAAAGAGCUCAGUCUGCAGGCGGGCCUGGCCCGUCCCGAGGCUCGCACCCUGCAACGUGAUUUGGCCACCCUUUAUCAGCACAAGUACUGCACUGACGUGGACCUGAUCUUCCAGGAUUCCUGCUUCCCAGCACACCGUGCUGUUCUGGCUGCCCGCUGCCCGUUCUUCAAAACCCUGCUUUCAUCGUCACCGGGUUAUGGGGCUGAGGUGUUGUUGGACGUUGGGACAGCAGGCAUGGAUGCGCCCAUGUUCUCCUCGUUGCUGCAUUACCUCUACACGGGUGAGCUGGGCUCGGAGGAUGCAAGGUUGCAGAAUGUUGAUGUGCUGGUGAGACUAAGUGAGGAGUUCGGUACGCCCAACUCCUUAGAAGCCGACAUGCGAAACCUCUGUGAGCACAUGCCAUAUUUUGACUCGCUGCUGAGCUUCUCCUCAGACUCUGAGCUGGUGGAGGCCUUCGGAGCAGGUGGACCUGCUCCUAGCGGCAUGGGAAGUGGAAACAUAGGGGUGAGCCACAGCUUGCCUGAAGAGGAGCUAAGGGCCCACAAGUCAGUACUCUCGGCACGCUCACCUUUCUUCCGCAACCUUCUGCAACGACGUAUCCGCUCGGGUGAGGAGAUCACUGAGCGCACUCUGCAAACCCCCACCCGUAUUAUCCUCGAUGAAUCCAUCAUUCCCAAGAAGUACGCCCGAGUGGUCUUGCACUGCAUGUACACGGAUGCGGUUGACCUUUCGCUGGUGCUCCGCGGGAGCCCUUCCGAAGGCAGUCUUGGUGAAGUUCAGGCACUGGUGGCUGGGAGAGGAUGCAUGAGCCGGGCCGAAGAAGCCAUGGAGCUCUACCACAUUGCCCUCUUCUUGGAGUUCAGCAUGCUUGCUCAGGGCUGUGAAGACAUUGUGGCAGACAGCAUCUCACUGGACUCUGUGGUGGCCAUCCUGAAGUGGAGCUCACAGCCCUACGGCUCCAAAUGGGUUCAUCGGCAGGCCAUGCACUUCCUGUGCGAGGAGUUCAGCCAGAUCAUGACCUCCGACGUCCUCUAUGAGCUAAGCAAGGAGCACCUUCUGGCGGCCAUUCAGUCGGAUUAUCUGCAGGCCAGUGAACAGGACAUCCUCAAGUAUGUUGUGAAGUGGGGCGAACACCAGCUCAUCAAGAGGAUGGCCGAUAGAGAGCCUAACCUGUUAAGUGGUACUGCACAUAGUGUGAAUAAACGUGGUGUGAAAAGAAGGGAUCUGGACCUGGAAGAGCUUAAAGAGAUUCUCUCUCCGCUGCUGCCUUUCGUCCGAACUGAGCACAUAUUACCCACGAACAGUGAGGUUCUCUCUGACACUAUGAAGAGGGGUCUGAUCAGCACCCCUCCUUCUGACAUGCUGCCCACAGCAGAGGGAGGCAAAGCCAACGCCUGGCUCCGGCAGAAGAGUGCUGGCAUUUAUGUCCGCCCACGGCUCUUCUCUCCUUAUGUGGAGGAGGCCAAGGCGGUUCUGGAGGAGAUGAUGGUUGAGCAGACUGAUCUGGUUAGGCUACGCAUGGUUCGUAUGUCCAAUGUACCCGACACACUCUACAUGGUGAACAAUGCCGUCCCUCAGUGCUGUCACAUGAUCAACCACCAGCAAAUGGCUGGCAGCCAGACAGCUCCGCCGUCUGUGGUUGCUAAUGAGAUACCAGUGCCCAGGUUGGCAGUAGUGAAGGAAAUGAUCCGUAGGCUGCAGGAGCUGCGUCACACAGACCAGGUGCAGCGAGCGUAUGCUCUGAACUGUGGUGAGGGCGCCACAGUCAGCUAUGAGCUGCAGAUCCGUGUGCUCCGAGAGUUUGGCCUACCUGACGGGGCUGCAGAACUCCUACAGAAUCCGCACAAAUUCUUUCCUGAGGAGCGUUUUGGAGAUGAGAGUCCCGUCCUGGCCUUGCGCCAGUCAGGUCGCUGCCGGGUCAACAGUACACCAGCUGUGGAGAGUAUGUUCACUGACCUGGAGGCUCUGGUGGGCUUCCACCCCCCUCUGCCCCCUCCUCCUCCACCAUACCAUCCCCCGACCACCCCAGGCCAUAGCCAGCAGCAGUUUAAAGCAGGCUGGAGACCACGGGUCCCCAGCCAACCUCCAUCCAGAUCUUUCUCCUACCCCUGCAAUCAUGCACUCCUUCAUAGGCAGCCCUCUUCUAAAAUGGGCAGCCCAGUCUACCCACCAGGAGCCAAACCCCUGCCCCCAGACAGCACUAACGCACAGGGGGGAAGGAAUCUUCAUCCUGACAAGCAAAUGCAGAACAUGGAGCCUGUCAUCAACGAGUUCAUGCCAGACAUCGCCAUGGGUGUUUCGGCAAUGAGCCUGAAGGAACGGCGACUUCCGGAGGUCUCUAUGGAGGUGGAGAGUCACGAAGCCCACCCUCACCUUUCUACAGCUCCUCCCAUGUCCCACAGCUACUCCAGCCGUCACCCGCACUCCUCCCGCAAGCGGCAUGCAGCCGAAUCCAAGCCAGAGGGCCCACAGCCAGAUCUCUAUGAGUUCCCGGGCCGCCACGCACCUCCCUACUGUGGACCAGACCUCUACAUCCACGGGCGUCAGGCAGGCGGAGGGGCACCGCCUCCGUCCUACUCGGAGGCUUCAGAAUCACUCCGCCUGGAUGUGCUGGAACAGCCUCCACAGAGACUAGACUUGGCGAUCGUCUCGCAAGGGGGCGUUGCGCAAGCCGUGCAGAGGUCACGGCCCAUAAAUGAGACGGACCUCACCUGUGGGCUUGGCCCCUCCACAGAACAGUAUGAGGAAUGGCCCACAGGCCGCCGGCCUGCUCCAGAGGGAAUUGGGCUGGGCUUAGGGGCGAACGUAGGGACUGGGGACGAGGGAGGGUUGGGUGCCCGAGACCGAAGGUCACCCAACAAACCUGACUACCCCUACAGGAAGUCUGCUCUCUGACCCCUGAUUAAAAACAGACUAAAGACUGAUUUAAAUGCUAUGUGUAAGCAAACAGGUGAGGCACCAGCAGUCCUGCACUUUGUAUUCUUUCGAGGGCCGACAGUAUCUUGAAGUGAUGAAUGCCCAUAAGCUAAGUGAGUGGCUGCUUUUCUGAUGGGAGAUGCUAAAGGGAGAUGUCACUUAAACUGCUCCAGAUAGGUGUGAAACCUAGUAUAGAGUGAGGAGAGCUUGGUUUGGUUGUGUGCACCCUGAAAAGAGGUCAAAAUUGCUCAAUUUUAGUCUGAUUCUUUUAAACAGCCAUGAAAGUCCUUUUGGCAUCCUGGUUCUCACAUGUACAGAUCUACAGAUAUCAUAGUAUAUUUCUUUUACUUUCAUUUCUCUGAACAUACUAGUAUGACUGGAGAAAAUAUAUAUUUAUUUAGAUGCACAGAUUUUGUUCCUUAGGAGUAAAUUGAAAAAAUAUGAAGGCAAUAAGUUGCAAACUCAUUACUUUGUCUAGUCCUUGAAAAACGGCUCCUUCUUCUUUUGAGGGCAGAGUGGCAGUAAUAGCUCAUGUAAUCCGCUGCAUUUGCCGGCUUUUACAUUAGCCUGUGCAAUUUAAGAGCCGAGAUGGAACAUAAAAGGGAAAACAAAUGAAAUCCCCUGUCUCCUAUGAGGCAACUUAUCAGGCAUAACAAUGGCACAGAUGCACCAUUAAAUGUGAAUGGGGCUUUGUUUUACAGUGUUUCACAACCCAGAUCUGCAGAUUCAUUCCAGUGUAUUUAACUUUAAAAACUAUCUGUCCUCUCAAACAAAAAUUUGGCACCCUCUUUUGCAUUCAGAUUCUCUUUGCAAGGCUGCAGUUGCUGGCAUUCCUGAGAGAUGGCAAAUGUGGGUUGAUCAUUAUCAGCCUCUUUCUCCAGAAAUGUACAGGAAACUCAAUCAAACCAAUCUCAUUCCGCGUCUUCACUCCUCUGGUUUGGUGGGACAGCAAAAGUCCAUGGGCGGAAGAUCAUUAGCUUUUCUAUGCUAGUUCUGUCAGCAGAUGACCAACAAUUAUGAUGUCAUGAACAGGCUUUGCAAAAAAAAGGAGAAAUCUUGGAAAGUGUCAUGGACACAAAGAUUUAGAGGAUUUACUUUUGAUUUUUGAUUCACUUUAAGAAACAAGAUCUCACACACUGCUGCACACCCUAUCUAUAAAAGUGACUUAUUUUAAGCUUUUUUUUUUUUAACAUCUGAAAAUACCUGUAUUCUAUUAUAACUGUGCAAUAGGCAGCCUUUUCAUUUUAAAUGCUCAUUUUGCUCUCUUCUCCUUACAAUAAGAAUUUUUCUCAGAUUGUCAUACUGACACAAAUAUGCAGGCUAGUUCACUUAAAAAUGUAAAUUGUCACCAUUUACUCAACCUCGUGUUAUUCCAAACCUGUAUGACUGACUGACUUUCUGUAGAACACAAAAGAUGACUUUUUGUCCAUACAAUAAAAGUCAAGUGGGAUCCAAAAACAACAACAUUGGACCAAACAAAAACAAACAAAAAAGCCUUGAGAUAUUCUUCAAAAUAUCUUUUGUGUUCUGCAGAAAGCAAGGAAGUCAUACAGGUUUGAAACAACAUGAGGGUAAGUAAAUGAUAGCAGAAUUAGCAUUUUUGGGUGAACUAUCCCUUUAAGAUAAUCAACAAUAGCCUUUCCCCAUAAGUAAUGGUACUGUAUUUUCACAUACUCUCAAAUGUUAUUAUAUAAGCAUCUCUGGUUGUGUUAGACCAGGUGGGACCUCUGUUGAAAAUCCAAACGAUCCUCAGUCGUAUCCAUCCCACGUUCUUCACUUUGAGUGCUUUCAUUGGAGCACAAGAACUGUUUUGUUGGUUGAAAGCACAAACGUACUGAGAAAUACUGAGAAUGUCAUUCAUUUCUUGUCAGAUAAAAGUGCUCAGACAUUUUUGGUUGGAUGGUUGAUCCGAUUUUUUUCUUUUUUUUUUUCUUUUUUUUUUUUUUUCUUUCUGUUUUUCUGUUAAGAACCCACAGUUAGACCAAAGAUGGGUUGGGGAGGAUGUUUGUGUUGCUUGUUGAAUCUCUAAAGCAUUUUAUUUACUAGGUUUCUUCGUCUCUUUGUAAGCUGAAUUGAAACCGUUGGCUUGAGAUUCAUGUUAGUUACACAGAAUAGACUCUUUGACACUGAAUAUAGAAGGAACAUUUAUCAUAGAUUGAUAUUAUUGAUCCCUCCCCAGGUAUUUUGACCUAUAAAGAUAGCCUUAAGAGUUGAUGUAGGGUUAGUACUGCUGUCUGCAGUUAUGGCCUUAUGACCUCACCUUGGGUAACGCAGUUCUCCAUCUUAAAUCACAUAAGGUCUUCUGUGCCAGAGAGACUUUCUACCUCUGACCAGCUUCUCUCAGCAUGUACUUCAGUCAAUUUGAUUUUCCUUCUUUCUAUUUUAUUUUUUUUUUUUUCAACUUAUUCAGACCUCUUGAGCCUCACCUUGAACAUUUAUCACUGAGGGACCAGAACUAACAGCCAGAAGUCAAAUUUUAUCCACUUUCUCGCAUAUUUCUGUGAGGUUCCUCUCCUCCUUUUCUUAAAACUUAAUGUUUUCUUAGAUUCAGCAUAACGGCGCAUUUUUGACUUUUGUUCAGAAAGCGAGGGCUUUGCCAUCAUACAUAAUAAUGAAAUCAAUCUACAGUUAUUACAGGUGUUAUGGCAGUAAGCUUGUGUUAUUCUUCAUCUACUCUUCGUUGUUGUUCAGAAAUGUUAGCCGGCUGAUGCAGUUGCAGUGCAACAAAUGGGUCCUUCUGGACUCCUACUGCAGCCCACCUCUGAGUCAAGCCUGAAAGAGUCAUGAACCCUGAGUGGGAGCGCUCCAGUUUGCCAUCCCGCAAAGCUUCAGGGGGUCAGAUCCAAAAAUAGAUCCAGCAUAGACCCUGGCUGGGGUACAAGUGAUCUCCUCAGAGAGUUGAAAUGGACUGAGAUUGGUAGGAGGCUGCUUUUCUCCUCUUAAUGUCAAGGACAUAGUUCUGCAGUUUUCUUUACACCAGGCUUAUUGGAUACGUGAAUAUCUUCAGUCCCUGAUGCACAUGGGUAAACCUUUCCUUUGGCAUAUGAGCAAACUUGAUAAUGCAUUAGUUUCAGCUUUCAGUAAGCUAUUGAUGGUCCUCUCAAAAUGCAAUGCAUCGCAGCCUACUUAAGCCUACCUUCCCUGACCUGAUUCUGCAGCAAAAAGAGGCAGAGUGAACCAAUUUAUUAACCACUUUUACUCAGAAUAAAUGUUUUGCAGAGCAGGUGUCUCACUCAAACUUCAUUUUACCUUGCAGAUCCUCCAGGCUUCAAGUCAUCGUGACAAUCUACCCGUCACACAAAUUGUUUUACCAGCAGCUUGCAUGUUCUCCUUUUGAUGUGGCGUAAGCUCUUGUCAAAGCGCUGUCAUUUAAAUUCUCAGUGUUUCUGGUUUGUAACUCAGUAUUUUUUUUUUUUUUUUUUUUUUUUUGGAGCUGUGGGUCCACCCCUCUGUAUCGAUGCCAUUUUGAAUUGGGUCAUUUGUGGUCUGAUGAGAAAAGGCCUCUCGGUGUGACAUUUCUCAUGUCUGUUUUAUUUCCUGUUUUUAUGUAACUGUUGCAUGUUUAGUUUGCUAUUUUCAGGUGACUGUUACCUGUAACUCUAAGCAUUGAGUAAUUGGCAUCAGCACUUCCCUUCGAGGCAGCCGAGAGGAGAUCUGAGGUCUGUCAUGUCAUUCUAGCGAAUCACUGCGUAACCAUGACCCAAAAUCGACAGAUGGAUAUUUAGGCCUACUGCUGCUACUCAGAGGUUUUCCUGCCAGCGGAGAACAUUAUUUCUUGACGCCAAUGCCGUUCCCAGCGAUCUAGUCCCAUAUAGACCCAGCCAUGCCUUAAUAUUAAGGGGGAGGUUAGGAAAACUCCUUAGAUCACCUUCGCCUCUGCUAUACUCAGGCCAUGUUGAACUGCUAAGUCAUUUAUUUCAUGUUAUAAAACACCAGUCAGAUCAUUUUGAGGGUGGGUUCUGAUUGCUGCAAAAGUCAAUGCACACAGUUGAAGGUAUUAUUUCGUGUUUGAGAUGCACACUGACCUCAUAAUUAAUACAUUUCUAUCACAAAUGCUAUUUAUUGUCGUUUGGGUUUAGUCUGGUUUGUGGGUUGCUUGCCUGAGAGACUGUUAGAGAAUGAAUUGAAAAUGCAUUUGUGCUCCCAGAUGAGAAGCUUGAAUCAUUGUUUAGUCUGUUUUGUAGAACUCAAACUAGCUCGAUGUUUUACGUCAAAUUGUCAGUGUUUAAAAUUAUUGGCUUCGUUUGGGUGGGGGGAAUGAAUUUGGCCACCGUACUUGAGAUCAUCUUAACCAAGGAAUAAAAGCUAGAACAGAUGAAGGUACCCAUUGCACUAAAUUUUUGAUGGUGAUAUGUGUAACACUUGUUGUGGAAUAGUGCCCUCUGUUGGCUCUAUUGAUUUAUUUUUGACUGAAACGUCUGUUUAUUCAGUUCUAGAUUCAAAGCUGAGUCAUUUUUCUUAAACAUUCAUUCCUAAUCCAUUUAGUAUAUUUGCAUGGCGUUGCGUUAUUUAUCUCCAAAGUGCCGCAAGGCUGAACUGAACUGAAGGUUUGCGUUUUGGAUGUGUGAGGGGCAAGGGAAGUUGUGUUUGAAGACUUACAAGUCAAGAUCUCCAGGUUCUCUCUUGUGCUAUCUCUCUUACGGAGACGAUUUAGUGCCUUCCCUGCCUGAGGCUGGGCUUCCUCCACACCCCUUUUGUCUUAUGCAAGCCCUUUCUACAAACCUCUGUUAAACCGUCUCUUUGUAAUACUGUAGCCAACGCUUAGUGUGCAUAACGUUUUUGUCCUUUUUUUUUUUUUUUUUUUUUUUUUUUUUUUUUUCCCUUCAAAAAAUAUUUUUCAAGAUUUUUGGUACCUUUGAUCACAGGCCUCAGAAAUAUGGUGUUUUGUUGUAUGUAAAAUGUAAAGUUUUUUUAUAAAUAUAUAUAAAACAUGCGAUAUCUAUUUGAGACUUUGUGUGCGUGUACAUAUAUUUGUGUAUAUAUAUACACACACACAUACAAAAAAAAGCAUUCUUUUGUGGAGUUGUGGAAAGUGUCUAUUUUUCUAUUCUUUUCUUUGGCCGGUGUAGUUAUGAACUUUACUCUGCAAUUAGGUGACUAAUGUCUUGGAAAUAAAUAGUUUUGAGUUAUAA